UUCCCUUUUCCUCUCUGCAUGCAUGUGAGCGACCACGACGACGACGACGACGACGGCGGCGACGACGGCGGCGACGACCGACCAUGGAGCCCGAGAAACCCACCUUCGGGUUCGGAUCCGCCGCCGCCCACCUGGCCCGACCCGCGUGGACGCCCUUCCUCCUCCUCCUCCUCUCCUUCCUCGCCGUCCUCUCCGUCCAGAUCGCCACCAAGCCAUUCUCCCCCCGCCGCCGCCCCCGCCGCCGCCGCCGUCGGCAGCCCCCGUCGGCCCGGGUGGCGCCCCCGCCCGGGAGCUGCGCCGGGUUCUUCCCCGGGGUCCCGCCGGAGAGGAAGGUGGUGAUGUCGAUGCGGGACUUCGGCGGGGUCGGCGACGGCGCGAGGCCGGAGACGGAGACGUUCCGGCGGGCGGUGCGCCACCUGCGGCGGUGGGGGCGGGGCGGGUCGCAGCUGAACGUGCCCAGGGGGACGUGGGUCACGGGGAGCUUCAACCUCACCAGCAAUUUCACCCUCUUCCUCGAGGAGGGCGCUCGGAUCCUAGGCUCCCAGGAUCCAAAUGAUUGGCCCAUCAUAGAGCCUUUACCAUCUUAUGGAAGAGGAAGAGAGAGAUUAGGAGGGAGGCACAUAAGCCUCAUCCAUGGGAAUGGCCUCACUGAUGUUGUCAUCACAGGAAACAAUGGGACAAUAGACGGUCAGGGGAAGAUGUGGUGGGAACUAUGGUGGAACAGAACAUUGGAGCACACACGAGGCCAUUUGGUCGAACUCAUGAACUCACAUAACGUUCUCAUCUCCAAUCUUACCUUCAGAAAUUCACCCUUUUGGACGAUUCAUCCCGUUUAUUGCAGUAACGUUGUUAUAAAAGACAUGACGAUCUUGGCUCCCCUCAAUGCCCCAAAUACAGAUGGUAUUGAUCCAGACUCGUGUAGCAAAGUGUGCAUCGAAGACUGUUACAUUGAGAGCGGGGACGAUCUUGUGGCAGUAAAGAGUGGAUGGGACCAAUAUGGAAUUGCAACAGCGCAUCCUAGUUCGGAUAUUAUUGUUAGGAGAGUAUCAGGAACCACUCCCACUUGCUCUGGGGUCGGGAUCGGUAGCGAGAUGUCGGGAGGAAUUUUAAACGUGAUUAUAGAAGAUCUGCAUGUCUGGGACUCUGCCGCAGGAAUCCGUAUCAAGACAGAUAUUGGUCGAGGAGGUUAUAUAGCUAAUAUCAGUAUAAGUAACGUGAUCAUGGAACGGGUCAAAAUUCCCAUAAGAUUUAGCAGAGGUUCUAAUGAUCACCCAGAUGAGGGAUGGGACCCGAAAGCCAUUCCUAGAGUGAAGGGUGUAUUCAUAAGCAACGUGGUGAGCGUGAAUUCUACAAAAGGCCCCGUCUUAGAUGGCAUGAAGGUUUCACCAUUCGAACAGAUAUGCAUGAAAAAUAUCAGUUUAUAUGGAUUACCUCCUCCUGUGAAGUGGCACUGUGAAUUUCUUUCAGGGUUCGCUGAUGACGUCUCUCCAGUGCCGUGUCCUGAGUUGCGGAACAAUAGUUCGACAUUAUCUUGUCCAUAAAUACUGUAGGAAAUAUGUUUGUACAGCAAUAUAAAAAGGAUAUUCACGAUACUAUUGCAGCGAUGAAAGACAUUUCCAGAGAAAAGGACUCGAAAUAUGGGAGUCUUGUCAUUCUGUUUACAUGACAGAAAGGCUGAGAUGUUGAGAUUCCUGUCAUGUGAAUUAAAUGAGGCAUUCUGGCCUCAGCAAGAGCCCCCAGUUUAGGAGAGAAUGACCGGUUCUCGUUACUUGCGUUGGUGUGAGGAAGAGAUACUUCUGGCAUGAUUGACAGUUACUGGAUUUACACAACAAAGCAACAUUCAUUGAUUCAAAUGAUUUUUCUGCAUUCUUUGAUAUUGUGGAUAUACACAGCAAGAGGAGAGAUCAGGUUGUACAGAAGAUGGUGGAUACUGUGACGUAGCAUGUGAAGAUCCAAGUCUUACAGAUUGAUGCUAAAGUUGAUAUUGAUUACUCAGAAGUAACAUUUUUGACUUGAUUUGUGUGUCAUAGAGUUUCAUGCUAAUGCAAUGAAUUUAAUUUAGCUUGCUGCAUGAUUCCAUUUACAUUUUCCUAAAGAAGUCUCAGUUAGGCUUGCUGUUAUAACUGAGGACUUCAUGUGAGAUUUGAAUUCCAUUGUCAAUCCCGUUAGUGUCAAACUUGCUUAUAUAGGGAACCACACAAGUCUGUCCAUAGUAAAUAAAUUGACAACGAUAAUAAAAUUUUCUUCAAUUCCUUGAGAA